AUGGCGACCCGCAAAGUCCGAUACAAGAAACUGAGUGUGAAAACACUCUUGGGGGUACUCAGAGAGGAGCAGAUAGAUCCUGCCGAGUACGAAUCACUCACAAAUGAGGCCCAAAUCGCGACUGGAGUCGAACAGGCCGAGGAAAAUGAAUACCAUCUCCAAGCUGUUCUGCAGAGCGCGGGCGUCGCUGCUGACAAGGAGAUCCCCGUGCCGCCUCCACAAGAGAGCACGCUUAAUUAUGACGAGCUCUACACUCGCCUCUUCUCCAAGACAGCCACAUACAUUUCGGAGGACGACGUAUUUCUUAAGUCGUACAACCAGAAACGGGGCCCCUCGGCCCAGCUCUCAGAGGAUGACUUUGAGAGGCUCAUGGAUGUGUACGAGGACACCUCGUACAUCAAAGCCCCGUUCGCCUCGAUAGACCAGACCAUAGUUCCGUACGAAGACAUGGUCCAAGCUCUGCAGGAACUUGACAGGGCUAAGAUCAUGUCACACGCCAAGGAAAUCUAUGAGUACUGGAAAUCUCGGCGGCAGGCGCUGAACAACCAGCCACUCCAUCCGACGCUCAAGUUUGAGAAGCAUCAGGAGAGUGACGAGGCUGAUCCGUACGUCUGCUUCCGGCGUCGCGAGGUCCGCCAGACAAGGAAGACACGAGCGAGGGAUGUCCAGAGCGCAGAUAAGCUCAAGCGCCUGCGAAAAGAGUUGGAGGAGGGGCGGCAGCUGGUCCUAGCGGCGCAUAACCGCGAGCUCCUGAAAGCCGAUAUGUUGAAGACAGAUCGUGCCAUCUUCGAAGUGCGGGCUCAACUCAAGGAGCACAAGAUCCGGUUGGGCAUCAAAACCGACGACGAAGACCUCAUCAACCAAAAGCCGCAAAAGAGGAAGGCUCCAGAUGUCCCGACCAUGCAGCGGCCACCGCCGCCAACACAGCUUCGCAUCGCUGUCCGCCCGUCCCCUGCCGAGGCAGAUCUUUCGGUCCUUGCUGACCGUUUGGCUGAGAAGGAGAACGAGCUCCGCGCUGACAUAGAGAAGAAGGUGCAGAGCCAUAAUGAAUGGAACCGGCACCAUCUAGACCUUACACGAGGUCCGUUGUCGCCGGUCCACGGGCCCAGACGGGAUCCUAGCUUCAGGCCGGCCAAGACGCAGUAUUUAAUGACGCCACCAGCGUCUGCGUCGUCAGAGUCCUUGGAUGAGCCCAUUCCCAUGGACCUUGACAAGCCAGAGCGUCCACAAAAUGUGUUGGUGCCACCAGAUCGACCGGCUUUCUUCAAGUUCCGAGGCGUGGCUCAGGACGAAGAGUCGAGGAAAGACCCACCGGCGUACCGGCGCCGGAUCGGCCGUCUUCAGCGGUUAUGGAUUGACCGCCGUGGGAUGGCGAGUCCACCACGCGAAGUUAGCGCUGAGGUGCUAGAUCGGUGGAAGUAUGACCAGUCUUCGGAUGACGAGGAAGAUCCGCCCACGUACGAGGCGGAUCCUUUCGACACCAACGCCCUGAGGUUCCGCGCUUCAAUACCGCUCCCUUUGUGGAUGACAAAUCGGGCAGUCUCCAACACUCGAAUCCCGCUGACCCCAGCACCACCCCCAGUGCAGCAGGCACAACAGACACAACCACAACUCACAUCGCAGCCCCAGGCGGGCACAUGA